GAUGAUCACCAGUUUCUGCCCAGUUGUCUUUCCCACCCCUCUCUGCCAACAGGAUUCCCUGCCUCUGGAAAAAAAAAAACCUUGAAUCUUCUACUACCUGCAAAGCAACUUUCUUUUAUCUUCAAAGGUCCAAAUUUUCCCUCCCGUCUUUUUCUUUUUCCAAACUUUUAAACCCUUCUUUGGAUUCUCGUCUUUUGAACUUUGCGCACUCUGGCCUGUCCCCACCUUUGUUUUUUUCUCUCCUACCCUUAAAACCCCUUCCUGGGCUGAGCCUGCAGCCAUCCUGUUCUCUUACCUUUCUUGUGCCGCUGGCAGUCAGACUUUUCCCGUAGUUGGUUCGUCCAUCCUUCCCUUCCCCUCCCCACCAGCUGCAACAGCUCCCUCCUCUUUGUCCAAAACUAUCAGGAUGUGGUCUGAAACCCUUUGCCUUCUGGAUCAUGGCUGGUCUUGCUCGCUAUGACAAAACUAGGUUUGACUCGCAUGCUGCUGGCAGCUGUUUCAUCCAGACAAAAUGCUGAGUCCCACCUACAAGCAACGCAACGAAGACUUUCGCAGGAUCUUCAAAGGGCUGCCUGAAGCUGAGCGUCUUCUUGUAGAUUACUCCUGUGCGUUGCAGCGUGACAUCCUCCUUCAAGGACGGCUUUAUCUAUCGGAGAAUUGGAUAUGCUUCUACAGCAAUAUCUUUCGAUGGGAGACCACGAUCUCCAUCCAGCUCAAGGAGGUGAUAUGCAUUAAGAAGGAGAAAACCGCCAAGCUGAUCCCCAACGCGAUUCAGAUUUGCACAGAGACCGAGAAGCAUUUCUUCACAUCCUUUGGUGCCCGUGACCGAUGCUUCAUGCUCAUCUUUCGCCUUUGGCAGAACGCACUUCUGGAUAAGACAUUGCCCCCGCGAGAACUUUGGCACAUUGUCCAUCAAUGCUACGGUUCUGAACUUGGCUUGACCAGUGAAGAUGAUGAUUACGUUUCUCCCAUUGAUGACCUUAAUGGCUUGGGAAGCCAGAAAGAAAUUGGAGAUGAUAUUGACCUGACAGAGCUGACAUCCCGCUGCAACACUGAGCUCAAGCUGGACACCAGUCCCUUGCUGGACAAAAGGGACACCAGUCAUAGCAUCAACUCACUGGCCAGUAGCAGUGAUGGGACCACAUCGGUGAGGACAGGGGAUUCAGAAGACAGCUGGAAUGUUAUGAAGCUGGCAGAAGAUCCGGAGGACAACACUGACAGCCAAAUGGAUGCUUCAUCCAGCCACACAGUGACCUCAGCCACAGACCCCCCUCUGGAAGAUUUGGUGCAAGGGUCUGCUGUGUCCCCCCUGGAGGGGGACCUGCCUCCCAGUGAAGAACUCCCCACCGACAUGAGCAAUUCCUCCUCUUCCACACAAGAUGAAGCUGAGGUGGAAGCCUUCUUCACGGACUUGCCAGGGCGGCUCCUGAUCAAUGCCGUGUAUCAUGUUGGAGCCGAGAGGCUGCAGCAAAUGCUCUUCAGCGACUCCCAGUUCAUACACAGCUUUUUGGACCAACGCAAAUUCACAGAUGUUGCACUGAGUUCAUGGAGCGGAGACAGCAAGUGUCAUCAAAGCCGAGUCAUCACCUACACCAUUCCCAUCAGUAACCCUUUGGGCCCCAAGGCUGCACCUGUGGUGGAGACACAGACUCUUUUCCGUGCCAGUUCCAAGAAUGGAGGCUGUGUGGUGGACUCAGAAGUGGUCACUCAGGGCAUCCCUUACCAGGAUUACUUCUACACUGUGCAUCGGUACUGCAUCACCAACGUAGCCAAAAGCAAAGCCAGGCUCAGAGUCUCUUCUGAAAUCCGAUAUCGGAAGCAGCCAUGGUCCCUUGUGAAGACUUUUAUUGAAAAAAACGCCUGGAGUGGUGUUGAAGAAUACUUCCAGCACUUGGAAUUGGCACUGGUGCAAGCAGAAAAGGCUCUGUUAGAGGAAAGCUGCCAUGGCAAAGAACCCCGGGGUCUCUUGUCCGGAUUGCGUCGCAGGAAACGGACCUUGAGCUGGAGGGCUCCUCACGUCGAAGCCCCAAUGCCCACGCUACCCGAUAGCGAAGGGGCAUCGCGUACUGUUCGCCCUUCAGGCAGCCUGACCUCACGUCUUUCGGAACAACUGUUGGAGCCAGGACAGGGACAAACCGUCUCUACCGUCAUCCUCGUCAUCAGUCUGGUUCUUUUAGUUCUGGUCAUCCUCAACAUGAUGCUGUUCUACCGGCUAUGGUCUCUGGAGCACACAGCCCGGACCGUGGAGUCAUGGCAGACGUAUGCGCUCUCCAAUGGGAAGCUUCCACAGACGGCCUCGGAAUGGGCAGAGAUUUUGGAACUGCAGAAACAGUUCCAUAGUGUGGAGGUGCAAAAGUGGAAACAGAUCCUGAAGGCAUCCGUGGAACUUUUGGAUGAGAUGAAGCUCUCCCUUGAGAAGCUGCAGCAAGGCAUCCUGGUGGCAGAGCCCCCGUUGGAACCGGAGUGAAGCCUCAAGAUCUUCCUCCCUCUCUCUCUUUUGAAGAGGUUGCCGAGUUACCAGAAAUUAAGACUCCUGAGAUCCGUCUCAGAAACUUGUCGAACCGUUGGCGUGGGCCUCCUGUGGGAGGGGACAGCAUUGUGUGCUCCUCGCCAGAUCCAUCACCUUGGACAUUAUCCUCGAGAGAGCGAGACACUGGUAGCGAUGGAUCACUUGGUUUUUGCCGGGAACAUCUCUCUUGGAUCAUUCUCCCUGGGAUCGUUCCUGUAGGGACUCCUCUUUAUCCCUUUCCCCCACUUCAGUGCUAUUUAUAUUGUACCCAGGUCCCUGUCCCCCGAGAAUCCUUGAUUUUCCUGUAUCCUGGCACUGGUUCUUUUUUUUUUUAAACCAGCUAUUGUUUGGGGAGGAAGGAGGGUGGGAUCAGUUUUGGGGAGGGGGAUGGCCUCUGGAGCCAGGAUCUCUCUUUUUACCCUGAAACUUCACUCAGCAGCUAAGAUACCCUAUUGGAGGACAGCAAAGAACCAACUUCUGCCAUUCUCUCUUUCUGUGUCUCUGUCUCUGUCUCUCUCUUAACGCACAAGCGAUCAUGAACUGAUGGUGGGGCGAAAGCAAUUCAGAGGCUCCAAGGGGGUUCAUUCCUUCUCCAGCUCUCUUCCCUGCUGCUUCCCUGCCCUGUCUUUCCUCCCGUUCAGUGGGUCGAUUGUCCACGUGGUUAAAAGGGAUUUUCCCAACCAAUUACCUCUGCCAUAGGCUUUUCAGCUCCUGCAUUUUCACACACACAGAAAAAGCAAGGGGGACUGGAUUACAGCAUCUUGCUGAUGGCAUCUAUUAACACAGAAAACUUUCUGAACAAGGGGGUCACCUGUGAAGUAUCCUUGGAACUUUGAAAGAUAACAUACACCAGCAGUUCUCUAUAGAUACCUAUUUUGCUGGAGUCCAGUCCAACCCUUUUUUUUCAAAGUAGUAUUUGGACUUCCGAAAGUUAUCAGCUGACAUCUGCUCCUCUUGGGACUGUAUUUACGCAACACUAAAGCCAGAUGCCUGUUUAAAGAGCACACCUGUUUUUCCCCCUGUGCAUAGCCAGUCAUGAACUCAAUGCAAGGUUUCUAACCUUGACAACUUUUUAAGAUAUCUGGACUUCCAACUCCCACAAUUCCCCAGCCAGCAUGGGGAAAUUCUGGGAGCUGAAGUCCAGACAUCUUAAUAUUGCUAAAGAUUGAAAAACCAUGACUUUACUGUGUGUAAAAUCUGAACCAGAAACACCUAAUAGCCAGGUAAAUCUCACCAUUUGAGAUUGAUUGAAAAUGGACUUUGCAGCCAAGGGAUAAAGUAUUAGAGGUAUAAAGUAUUCCAAAACCUCAAAUGGCACACCUUUUUUUUGAAUUUGGAAAAAUGGGGUUAGCAAACAAAUAUAUCGUUAUUGAGAGGACUUGGCAAAGCGCGAAUGUUUUGUUCUCAUUCACUAGGCAUUUGUUUUGGUGUGCCAUGCAAACCAAGACCAUUUAGUACAUUAUUCUCCAAAUGGUGCUUUUUAGGGAACGUCGUAUCUGGGUGCAGUCAAGAAUGGUGGUUCCAUCUGGGGUUUUAUUUUUUUUAAAGCCUGUGCAGCAUGCCACGUGUGCCCCACGGGAGACUGGACAACAGCUGGGCCUUUGCCUUCCCACCAAGAAGCUGUAUUGUCACUAUAAAGUAGAGUUUCACUGCCAAUCUCGGCCUCUAAGCCCUUCAAAUAUACUGCCGCCAGCAGGGAGGGGGCAUUAAAUCUGCCUCCUCCUGGAGAGGGGGUUGUGUGUCUGUCAACUCUGUGUUCCCUUUCCCCCCCCAAAAAACCUGGGAGACCCAGGUAUUCAGGCCCUCUCCCUUUUUUUUUACCCGUCCCCCAUUAAAACUGGGGUUGGGGGGGAGGGGCGGUCUCUUUCCUUCAGUUUUGUAGGUCUGUUCAGUAUUAAUAAUCCAGUGUGUUUGCAGUUCCAGAAAAAAUGCCAGGGCUUAUUUAUUAGGGAGUGAAAUAAAGACCGUGGAUCGGA